GGAAGUUGGAACUCCAGAUGUGAAGUUUUACACACUGAGCUUUAGUGAGCCUAUCGGCUUUCACGUGGCUUCUCUUUACUAUUGGGUGCCUAGCUAAAGGUUCUCUCGUAAUGUAAAAACCAAGUGGGCAACAGACAGGCUGCUCACUACUCCACAACUCCUGCUGCGCUUUCGGCAUCCUUCCUUUACCUCAACUUCAACUCUAUUCCCCGCGGAUACGUUUGCACAGAGAUCGAGAAUUUUGAAUUCUUUGAAAUAUCUAUUAGUUGCUCUUUACUGAAGAACUUUGUGGGCAUUGCUGCAGGACUCGUAUCCACCUCCUGACCAAAAAAAAGUACAUUACCGUUCCAGGUGACCCUGCAAAUAUUGGACAUCUUGCGUAAACCAGGACUUUCAAUUUUACAUUUCUUUCUAUUUUACAUUAAUUCUGCCAUGCAGUUGAUGUGAACAUCGUUAAGGCAAAGGUGCUUUCUGCUUCAAUCCACAAUGAAGGACGACUUUACUGAUGAAGAGGAAGUGCAGUCCUUUGGCUACAAACGCUUUGGUAUCCAGGAGGGAAACGAAUGUACUAAAUGCAAAAACGACUGGGCCCUGAGGGCAGCCAUUGCUCUCCUGUAUGUCCUGUGUGCACUGCUCACUAUAGCUGUGGCUGUAUUAGGAUACAAAGUGGUCCAAAGGAUGGAUGAUGUGACUGAGGGGAUGGAGACAUACGAAGGCAAAAUAUCUGCUGUAGAGACAGACUUGAAAAAGCUCGAUGAUCAAACAGGAGAGAAUUCAGAGAAUGCCACAAGUGAAAUCCUAUCAUUCAAGGCAGAAAUUCAGACAUUGCAGAGCCAACUUAAUGAUGUUGCCCUUAGAGCAUCUAACAACAAGGCAGCUUUAGAUGAGCUACGGGUUUUAGGUGAGGAUAUGCAAAGUGGCCAUGUAUCACUGAGAGACCUUCUAGAGAGCAAUACCAACACCAUCCUCACUGUCAACCGUACACUAACCACAUACAACAGCCUGAUUGGUAGACUGAAGUCAGAUACGGAACGGCUCCAAUCAGAUCUUCACGUACAGACAGGGGAGCAGAGUCGAUCCACCCACAGCCUUAAUGUUCUUAACUUCACCCAGAACCAACAAAGAACUCUGAUCAGCUCCCUCCAGAGUUCAGUGGAGGAUACCAGUCAGGCAGUUCAGAAGCUCAAGAAUGACUACCAGAAUCUACAGCAGGUGGCCAGGCAGACAAAGGCAGAUUCUGAUUGGCUCAGAGAAAAAGUGCAGAACCUCCAGCUGCUGACUACUAACAACUCAGCACUGGUCCGUUCCAACAGUGAUGCACUUGAAGAAAUAGCAUCGCAGCUCAGUUCACUGUCUGAGCAGUAUCAAAAUGCCUCAGCUAUUACAGAGAAUCAUGACCAGAAUCUGCGUGAGCUCAUGGAUCAUCAGCGUGAUCAUGACAAUGCCACCACCAACAGGUUUGAUGCUUUGGAGACACGCCUGGAUCGCAACGAGGAGGACAUGGACCGCGUCACAGGGAACAUGACCGUUGCUACACAGCUACUAGGAUCCAUCAACACUGACUUGAAUGGUCUUCGGACCUGUUCCGAGACAGUGAUGAGGCACUCAGACCUGCUGCUGGCCCUAAACAGCAGCAUUGUGGAAGCCAGGGCAGAUGGCACUGAGCUCAAAACCCAGCAAGAAGAGCUUGCUGCCAGGCUCGACAAAGAAGUGAGCAGCCUCUCCAUAGUCAUGGAAGAAAUGAAACUGGUGGACAGCAAGCACUCCCAGCUCAUAACCAACUUCACCAUCCUUCAAGGUCCUCCUGGUCCUAGAGGCCCUCGGGGGGAUAGAGGACCCCAGGGGCCUGCAGGAAAACAAGGUGAGAAAGGUGACAGUGGAGAAAGGGGUGCUCCAGGUGUGCCAGGGCCUAAAGGAGACAAAGGCCAACCUGGAAUCCCAGGGGUCCCUGGUUUCAAAGGGCCACCUGGAGCAAGGGGAAGCCCUGGGUCAAAGGGGUCAAGAGGAUCAGGGGGUCGUGCUGGGCCACCAGGUGAGAGGGGUGAUCCUGGUUUACCUGGUCUUGCUGGUAGAGAUGGUCAACCAGGUCCUCAGGGACCUCAAGGGCCACCAGGGCCACAAGGGCCAGCAGGACCUACAGGACCACCAGGAGCUCGUGGCCCUGUUGGCCCUAUUGGUCUACAGGGACCACCUGGCCCAACUGGACCUCCUCCUCAAGGGGCUAAACCUUGGCGACCAAUAGGACCACAAGGCCCAAUGUCCCAUCAAGCUUAUGAACCUUCUCCGACCAGUACACCAGGAUGUCCACCUCAUUGGAUGGCCUACAAAGCCAACUGCUACUACAUUUCAGCUCCAUCUGAGAAAUUGAAUUUCAACGAAACGAAAGAAGAAUGCAAAAAUAAGACUUCUACUAUGCUCACUAUCCAUAAUGUGGAGGAACAGGUUUGGAUUCGGCAGCAAAUUGCAGGAAAGGGUUACUUUUGGCUGGGACUUACAGACACUGCAGAGGAAAACAUUUGGAGAUGGGUUGAUGGGACAAUCCCCUCCUUUACGAAUUGGAAACCAGGGCAACCAGAUAACUGGAGCCAUGGCCACGAAGAAGGAGAAGAUUGUGCAGGACUCAUCCAUGAUGCCAAGAGAAAAGAAGAGGGCCGAGAUCAGACCUGCCUUGCUGUUGUUCCUGUUUAUAUUCCGGCGAUGCCUCUUUUCACGUCCAAUCCUUUUGAUCAAGAUGUUGAGAAAGCAACCAGUGAGAUGAACACUGCUGAGGACUGGGGCCUCAUACUGGACAUAUGCGAUAAGAUAGGACAGUCACGCACCGGACCUAAAGAAUGCCUUCGCUCCAUUAUGAGGCGAGUCAACCACAAGGAUCCUCAUGUAGCCAUGCAGGCUCUGACAUUGUUAGGGGCUUGUGUGUCAAACUGUGGGAAAAUCUUCCAUUUGGAGGUGUGCUCGCGAGAGUUUGCUAGUGAGGUUAGCAACGUCUUAAACAAGGGCCACCCAAAAGUAUGUGAGAAGCUCAAGGCCCUCAUGGUGGAAUGGGCUGAGGACUUCCGAAAUGAUCCCCAGCUCAGUCUAAUAUCGGCUAUGAUCAAGAACCUGAGAGAGCAGGGUGUCACCUUUCCUGCUGUCGGCUCCCAGGCAGCAGAGCAAGCUAAAGCCAGCCCUGCUUUAGUGGCCAAAGAUCCAGCAACAUCCACCACCAAGAAAGAGGAAGAGGACCUGGCCAAAGCCAUCGAGUUGUCCUUGAAAGAGCAGCGGCAGCAGAACCAGACGUCGUUUUCUGGGCUUUACCCGAGCGCCAGCAGCAUCCUCACCUCCCACAAAGCCGAGGGAAGGAAAGUCCGGGCUAUUUACGAUUUCGAGGCAGCAGAGGACAAUGAGCUGACCUUCAAAUCUGGAGAGAUCAUUACCAUCUUAGAUGACAGUGACCCCAAUUGGUGGAAAGGUGAGACAUAUCAGGGCGUCGGCCUUUUUCCAUCCAACUUUGUCACAGCAGACCUUACAGCAGAGCCAGAGAUGAUGAAAACGGAGAAAAAGACCGUUCAGUUCAGCGAGGACGUUCAGGUAGAAACCAUCGAACCGGAGCCUGAGCCUGUCUACAUAGAUGAGGAGAAAAUGGACCAGUUGCUCCAGAUGAUCCAGAGUGCAGAUCCGACAGAUAACGAGUUAGACGCCUGCGAGCUGCUGCAGCUGGAAGCUGCCUGCAACCAAAUGGGUCCACUCAUUGAUCAAAAACUGGAAGAAAUCGACAGGAAACACUCAGAGCUGUCUGACCUUAAUGUGAAGGUGAUGGAGGCGCUCUCAUUGUAUGCCAAGCUGAUGAAUGAGGACCCCGUGUAUGCCAUGUAUGCCAAACUGCAGAGCCAGCAGUACUACUUGCAGCAGCCUGGCACCUCACAGCAGGUGUACCCAGGGCAGACAGCUCCAGGACAGUAUGCAGUGGCUGCUACAGGGGUGCAGGGUUACAGUGUUCCAGUGGAGCAGAUUCCUGCCAUGAACCAUGUGCCUGCUCCUUUACAAGGACAACCAGCACCCAGUGACGUGCACAUGUACAUAGGCCAGGCGCCUGUGUACAGCACUUCUGCAGGCAGCAUGGCUCCUACUGAAGUGCAGCAGGCAUACCAGAACACCGCCAGUGGACAGGCAGGCCUGAACCAAACUCCCAGUUACAGCUGCAACAAUCCCACAGACCCUCAACAGAGGCCUUACCCUGAAAAAGCCCUCUUAUAGGACCCACGUACACGUCUCUCUUCUCCAGUAUACAUACACACCCUUGUCAUGAACAAAGAGGUUCGAGCUAACACUAAAACAACAUGGCUACAGGGCACGGUACAGACUUAUCCACGCUCCUAGAUCUCUGUCAUUGCACAUGUCCAUAUACACUACUCUGUCUCAUUAAUGCACUCAAAAACACAGAAACAGUCUGACCAAGUAAAAAGACACCCAUUAUUGAUUUACUUCUGACUGCUAACAUUCUGCAGUUUGAACAAAGACAGAGGAGUCAGUCCCUCCCUCCCAUCCCGAGUGUCCAUACAUAAGGGAAAUUAACAUGAUUUGACAACAGCGUGACGUGUUGUGCUUGCCUGGUUUCCUGUUCAAGUCCGUAGCUACCUUGCAUCAUCCAGCUGUUCUUCGUUUGUCAAGGGAAUUCUAGGAAAGUAAAAAAAAAAAAAAAAAAUUAAAGUAUGAAAUAUUUUGGGAGGGAAAAAAAAAAAAGUGUAAUUUCCCCUGUAGAUACUUCGGGAAGCUUCUGUAUAGAUCUCUCUCUCACUCUUGUCAUGAAAUAUAACACUAUUUCACUACCACUCUCACACACUCAUGUCUCGCAAGCUUCAGCUUUCACUCCCUCUCCGUCAUUCUCUCUCUCUCUCUCUCUCUCUCUCUCUCUCUCUCUCAGGAUAGAAAGAUAUAUAUAUCUUUCUAUCCUGGAUGCUAUUUCUCUCAUUCUUAGAUAUCUGUAUCAUAUCUCCAUCUUUCUUUUUUAUUUCUCUACCUCGCUAUCUCCAUCCCACCAUAUUUGUCUCAAUGUCUCUGUCGUUCACUUUCGCUCCACAUCUCUGUCCUUCUCCGUCUGUUAUUAUUUUACUAUCUAUGUCUCUCACAUUCUGACACUUUUAAGUUAUUUGACUAGUUGGUGCAACCUUAAUGCCUACUAGAGACUAAAUACUAGUUCUGGGAAACCUGAGCAUGCACAUGUACAUAAUUUUCCCUUCUGUUAUAGAACUUCUGAGUCACAGGUGUUUGUUGCUAAAGGGUUUAUUAGGAGAGGUUUUCAUUUGUGUGUGUGGAGGUCAGUCGGCACACACAAGAGCACAGCCUUCACGUGUCUUUCAUUUUUAGAAAGUAUUGCAUCCAGUCCACCUCUUCCAUGGGACCGUGUAGCACAGCACCAGCAUGGUCCUUAACAGAGUGGUGUAGUUCAUCCAGAAAUCCCUGCAGUUCUCAGCAGGAUGGCGCAGUCCAUCCUUGUCCUAGGAUCUUGAAGCAUUUCUUUUGAAGCAUUUAACACAGUGUUCAAGCGAUUCUUAAUUGUAGUACGUCUUUAUUUAUUUUGACCGUCGUUUUAAAAUGCACUGUACUUUGAUAUGAGAAGAAGGAUGAUAUUCUGCUUCAAAAAUGUAGAUGUGUAUAUAUGAGAACUUGUGUUACAGCAGCUGCUCCUUCUGUUGAAAGAGCACAGUGAAAGGCAUGUAGUAAUAUUACUCGAUGAUGUUAUGCACUUUUAUGAUUUAAACUCACAGUCUCAAGUUUCAGCUCGCUUUUAAGUUGUAAAACAUUUUUAACCGCAGAAGGAAUAAAGCGGCUAACUGGAAAAUCGAAACCUUCAGGCACUGGGAAUUUCGACACACUAAAAGUUGAGUAUAUUUUGGCACGUUUGAUUCCAACACAGCGAGAAACCGUUGUGUAUGAUGUAUCUACACCACGAGUGUGGUCCACCCUUCGGUCACUACAUUUUGAAUCAUUUUGGGAGAUGCCGGAGGCUAAAAGUGACUUGAUUAGGAUGUGUAAUUUGGAUCAGGGGUCAUUUCGUUUAUACCCUGGUAUCAUCUGCGUAGGGGGAUAUCUAAAUAUUAAAGAGACGCUAAAAAGAUCUUGACCUGGGGACAAUGAGCCAGUUCCAACGUGGUCUCCUGCCUUUAACACACAGCUGUGAUCCCGAUAUAAACUUUAUUUACAGGGAGAAUGACCGUUUUCAUGUUUUAAAGAUUCUUGGUGUAUCAGUUCUGUUAAGUGUACCUAGUUGUUUAUGAUACUAUUUUAAUCAUCCGAAUGAUUAGUAUUCACAAUAAAAUUAGCCCAAAUGUA